CUUGUCCAUGCGGCUGCUGUGUCUGCCUAGUAUUCAGCCUGAACGCUAUCUUGCUUGCUUCCUCCCCCACGUCCCACAUGCUCAAGUACACACAUAACCCGUUAUCGAUGAUCUCUUUCUUAUCACUCCUACGUUUGUCUGUUUUCUGCUUCUAUUUGUUUUGUGGUUUGGAUGUUGGAAGCCCGUGGUUCAGUGGUCACACAGGGACUCCAUUUGGUGUGCGUGGUCUAGACUAAGAAAUGUGCAAGGCAGCAACAGGAACCUGUGUCAGGAACAGAGCUUAAAAGGGUUUAGAACUUAGACCGAUGGACUGGUGCAGUUACCCCAAGACGGCGAAUUGUGUGUAUCCUAAAUCCCACGCAACUUACCUAGAAUAGCGGGUUUGAAGGUCGAACCAACCACCAUUUCACCCAGGCUGUGCCGAGGUCCAACUCUACCUGUAGAGGUAGGACUUUGCCUGAGGUAGUGUCAAGACU